GCCGCCGGGCGCCUCGGGAAGGCGAGUUGUGACCGGGCCGUGUCGCGUCGCCGGCGGGACUGCCCCCCUUCACCCGCCGGGAGGGACGACGAGGGCCGUGAGGCCGAUGGAAAGCGACGGCUCAAAAAACAAACAAACAAAACAAACCCCAAAAUCCCAAAACAUGUCGCGGAGCUGCCUUCGUACAUCGUUGGGAAUGGAUGGAUGAAGCGCGCCGGCUCUGAGCGGCGUUUUAAAGGCGACUUGUGAUCUGGAGGAGGCUGGUUGUGUGUUGGCUGCCCCUGCCGCUGGAGUGGGGAGGCUGGGCUGGGGCUGCGGGGGUCCCUGGCAGCUGGUGCAGGUGUCGGGAGGAUCUGGUGCUUGGCUGUGCAGAUGGGAGCCGCCUUGGUUGGUAGCAGUUCGGCGCUGUUAGAAGAACUGAAGCUUGCUCUUUAAAAGGUGCAGUGCAGUGACCGUAGAAAAAUGGACAUGUUGCAGAUACUACGUAAAACCACAGAGCGCUUAGAGUGUGAUCACUGCAGCUUCAGAGGAACAGACUAUGAAAACAUACAAAUUCAUAUGGGUACCAUACACCCAGAGUAUUGUGAUGAAAUGGAUGCUGCUGGUUUGGGUAAACUCAUAUUUUAUCAAAAAAGUGCAAAACUGUUCCACUGCCACAAAUGUUUCUUUACCAGCAAGAUGUACUGCAACGUAUAUUAUCACAUCACAGCACAACAUGCAGCACCUGAGAAGUGGAAUGAAGAGCGGAAAGAACAGGUAGAAGGAGAUUCAGAUUCCUCCAAAAAAAGUGUCACAUUGGAGUCGCAGAACGAAUCGCGCAAGUCUGCUCUUUCUCCUGAACUCGCCAAAUCUGAACCUGUUGUUUCCCCCAAGCUUCAGAAAUCUUCAGGGUCCCCAGAACCCCAGAAGUUGGCUCAGGCGACUUCAUCAGAGCAGGAGAAGUCAUCCCAGGCCACAUCCCCAGAUCCAGAAAAGUCAUCCCAGGCCACAUCUCCAGAUCCAGAGAAGUUAGCCUCAGCUGUGUCCCCCGACUCAGAGAAGCCAUCCCCUGCUGUGUCCCCCGACUCACAGAAACCAACCCCUGCUGUGUCCCCUGACUCACAGAAACCAACCCCUGCUGUAUCCCCCGACCCACAGAAGCCAGUCCUGUCUGUGUCUCCAGAGCCCCGUCGGCAUUCCCCAGCCGUGUCUCCAGAGCCUCGUCGACAUUCCCCAGCAAUGUCUCCAGAGCUCCGUCGGCAUUCCCCCGCUGUAUCACCAGAGCCCCGUCGCCAUUCUCCUGCUGUGUCUCCAGAGCCCCGCAGAUACUCCCCAGCUGUGUCACCAGAGCCAAAGAAACCUACUCCAGCAGUAUCCCCUGAACCACGAAGGUAUGCCCCAACUGGGUCUCCUGAGCCCCGGAGGCAUCCUUCUCAAAUGCGUAGACCUGCUUCUGCUUCUUCUCCCGAAACCCGGAGGCCUGGCCCUGCAGUUUCACCAGAGUCAUGGAGACCCGGUCCGACCGUUUCUCCUGAGCCCUGGAGAUCUACACCUCAUGAGGUGCAGAAGUCUUCCACAGUUUCUCCCUGGGCUCCAAAGUCUGCCAUGUCGGUAGAAUCCCGUAGGUCUGCCCCCGAGUCCCGAAGGCCUGGUCCCGUUGUGUCACCAGAGCCUAGGAGACUCGUCUCUGACUCGUGGAAAUCUACGUCCUUUUCUGAAUCCCAGAAGUCUACUCUUGUUUCUUCUGAGCCGUGGAAACCCAUCUCAUCUGUUUACCCUGAAGGCUGGAAACCUGUUCUGUCCCCUGACACGUGGAAGCAUUCUGCCCCCGUUUCUCCUGAGCUUCGAAAAUCUAGUCACACUGUUUCCUCUGACUCUUGGAAGCCUUCUUUCUUUCCUGAGGUCCGUAAGCCUGGUGCUUCGGUAUCUCCUGAAUCUUGGAAACUCUCUGAGUCCCGGAAAUCGAUGUUUUUUUCUGAAACUCAGAAAUCCACCUCUGCUGCUUCCUCUGAGGUUCAGAAACGGGCUCAUUUCCCUGAACCUCGGAAAAGAGCUCUGUUCCCAGAGUCUCGUAAAUCUAACCCUACAGUUUCUGCUGAUGUCCAGAAACGUGGUGUCUUUUCUGAGCCCCAGAAUCAGGUGUCUACUUCUGCUGUUUCUACUGAAGCCCAGAAAUCAGCUCUUGUUUCUCCUGAAGUCCAGAAGCACGCCCUAUUUUCUGAAGCCCAGAAACUUGCUUCCAUUUCCUCUGAGGUUCAGGAGCAUAGUUCCUUUCCAGAGUCUCAGAAAUCUGGUUCUCCUGAAAUUCAGAAACACGGACUCUUUACUGAGUCCCAGAAACCUACUCCUUCUGUUUCUCCCGAGACCCCCAAACAAGCUCUUUUUACUGACUCCCAGAAAUCUGCUGUUUCCCCUGAUGUUCAAAAGCAUGGUGUAUUUUCUGAGAUGCAGAAGCCUACUGCUGCUUUAUCCUCUGAUGGCCAGAGACAUGCUGAAACUACUGUACCUUCUGAAAUCCAGAAGAACAUCCUGUUUUCCGAGCCUCACAAGUCUGCUGCAGGUUUUUCCUCUGAGCCCCAGACACCGAGCGAGUCUGGCGAGAGUGACUUUCUUUCUCACAGUUUAGAUGAUCAGAAACCACUGGAUGAUUUAUUCUCACAGGACGAACAAUCGAUAUUAGCCAAAGAAUCACCAGAAGACAUGUUAUAUUCAUGCCCCAAAAAGAAGCCCAAGAAGGAAAACCAGGAGAACUCGGAUUCUGAACUUAAUAGCAGUGAGUGUGGAAAAACCGACAUGGACUCCAUGGAGAUAAAGGAGCAAGAAUCCAACAGUGACCAAGAGCAAUAUGAUAUGGAGUCAUCUGAUUACGGCAAAGAGAGCAAAAUGGAUGCUACUGCUCCCAUGCAGCCACAGUGUGUGCUGCAGUUUACCGAAGAGAAAGAGGCCUUCAUCUCCGAGGAAGAAAUAGCGAAAUACAUGAAGCGUGGCAAGGGAAAGUAUUAUUGCAAAAUUUGUUGCUGUCGUGCAAUGAAAAAAGGUGCUGUCUUGCACCAUUUAGUUAACAAGCAUAAUGUUCAAAGCCCAUACAAGUGUAAAAUAUGUGGCAAAGCUUUUCUCUUGGAGUCUCUUCUUAAAAACCACGUUGCUGCUCAUGGUCAAAGUUUGUUGAAGUGUCCGCGUUGUAAUUUUGAAUCAAAUUUUCCCCGAGGCUUUAAGAAACAUUUAACCCAUUGCCAAAGCCGUCAUAGUGAUGAUACACCUAAAAAACACUUGGACAGCCUUGAACCACUUGAAGAACAAAUUUAAUCUGUUUUUUUUUUCCCUUGUGCUAGAAAAGCUGAAUUUACUGAGGUGUUCAAAAGUGUUGCUGUAUGUUAACCGAGUAGUUUAGCUGAUCUGACAAGUCAGAAGAUGCAUGGUUUAUUGUACUAUGUUUAACUUGUCUUAUAGCUGUAUUACUGAAAUGAUUUACUUUUGAAAGUAAUUUUAAAUACGUGUUCAUGUCUUUGUAUUACCCAUCAGUAGAGUCAUGUUUUAUUUUUCAGAUGUACUAUGUUUUUGAAACCAAAAUGGAUACAAAUUAGUUUUGUAAAGAUUUGUAAAACAGACAGGCAAUUAAGGACUGGAGUGGCAAGCAAUCCAUAUAUUCCUGUGAAGACUGAACUUUUUUCACAAUUGUUAAAUGUCGUAUUUUUAAAAAUGUUUUUAACAAAAUCUCAGAAUUGAAAUUCUCCCCAAAUUGAAUGUGAAUGACCCAGGCACGAGAAACUACCAAUCUUUCUGGAGUAAUUUUACCCUGAGGUUGUAAUUGAGUGUGUAGUCAUUCCUUGGAAAAUUACUGCACUCAAUUCUCUGAUUUACUUGUCUCAGAUUUAGAAGCAUCAAGGUACUUAUUUUGUGAUUCUGUAUUUUGGCCAUGUUUUAAGCAUGUACUAAUAUACAUAAAUUGGUGGAUUAACGUCGGACUAUGUAUAGCUCAACACUUUCUCUUGAUGAUUCAGAUGUUUGUAAUGUCAGAAACCCCCUAAAUUUCUUGUAUUUGGUGAAAUGUUAUGCUUUAAUCUUUUAACAAUAAAAAGAAACCCAACUUGGCA